AUGAAGGUUCACGGAGAUAAAACACGGCUUACGGAGCGCGACAAAAUGGUAAAGCGAGAACGGAAACGGCACAAGCGCCAGGAGCUGUUGCUGAAGCGCGUGAAGCAACAGUAUGAAGAGCUGGAGCGGGAGAAAGCGUCCACGGCGGAGGUGCAUGUGGAAAGUGUCACCGAGGCGGAGCACGUUUCAACGAUCAGCAUUGCGGUACCGGGAUCGAUUAUGGAAAAUGCACAGUCGCCAGAGUUGCGUACUUACCUCGCUGGUCAGAUUGCCCGAGCAGCGUGCAUUUUCCAGAUCGAUGAAGUGAUUGUGUUCGAUGACUGUGGCGGAGGCAGCAACCAAGUCACGGAACGGUUGAACACGCUCGACACGGCGGAGGGAUCCCCCGCGGCACGCCGCUGCUGCAUUCAGCUCGCCCGCAUCCUGCAGUACCUCGAGUGUCCACAGUAUCUGCGCAAGUACUUCUUUCCCAUUCACAACGAUUUGAAGUACUGUGGGCUGCUGAAUCCGCUCGACUCGCAGCAUCACCUGCGCCAGCAGAGCGAGUUCGUGUUUCGGGAGGGCAUCGUCAGCAAGAAGCCGACCAAAAGGAAAGGCGCGUUCGUGAACGUGGGUCUGCUGAAUGACGUGCUCGUAGACACGGUGCUAGAACCGAACUUGCGCGUAACGGUCAAGCUGCCGGACGGGGUGGACCUUAAAUCGAAGAAAAUACGUGGUAAAAUAGUGUCGCCUUCUCAGCCGCGUCAAGAGACGGGCAUCUACUGGGGCUACACGGUACGGAUUGCGAACUCGCUAUCGCAGGUGUUUACGAAGAGCCCGUACAAGGGCGGAUACGACCUCACGAUCGGAACGUCCGACCGGGGUACGAAUGUGCACGACGUGGCAUCGAAUAGCCUCUCCUAUCGACACGGUCUCAUAGUGUUUGGUGGCGUGCUCGGCUUGGAACCGGCACUAGAGUCCGAUUCGAAGCUGACGGUGGACGCGGUAGAAGAUUUGUUUGACGAGUAUCUGAACACGGUUCCGGCACAGGGCUCACGGACGGUGCGUACGGAGGAGGCCAUUCUAAUUUCCAUGGCUGCGCUCGGGAGCAAACUGUGCCCGGUAAACGCUCCGAAGCCGUUCACCAGCUUCGAUGCCAUCCCGCAGAGCCAGGACACCGGCAUUCAGCAGUAUGCGUUUAACGAGAAACGGACAAAACACGAUGGCUCUGUGCCAGCAACGCCGGUAAAAGAAAGUGUCGCUGCAAUCAACACCUCAACCGAGCAGAACGAUGAUAUGUCACGGUUCGACUAGCAGGCU